AUGGACGCGCUGCUAGCUGCGGCGGGCCCCAUGCGGCCGCCGAAGAGGAAGCGCUCGUUCCACAAGAAGGGUCAACCGACGGCACACAAGACGGUCGACCGCGGCGAGCACAAGGAGGCGAUCGACCCCAGCACCAACUCGAUCCUGACGAGCACGCGCGUGCCGGGGUCGUUCCAGUCCCGCAACCUGGCGACAGGCAAGGGCGCCGAGCCGCUUCGCCCCGAUGCCUCUGUCAGCAAGAUUGCGGACAAGAAGCUGCGCGCGCGCGUUGCCCGAACGGACGUUGCCGGCAAGAAGGCGAAGCAGGAGCGCGCCGAUGUCGACGAGUGGCUGAACCAGGCCGUCAGCGGCGGACAGGGCGGCAUCGAGGUCGAGGAGGACGAGGGAGAGCGGACAUGGCGCGUAGGGCAGGACGAGAUCGUGCAGGCUGUCGGUGUGUCGAACGCGCACAAGAAGUUCGACCUCCGCUUCGACAACAUGGGCAACUACAUGGUCGACUACACGCGGAACGGACGGCACCUCGCCAUUGCGAGCCAGAAGGGCCACGUCGCGACGUUUGACUGGAAGGCGGGCAAGCUCAAUGCCGAGAUCCAGCUUCGUGAAGCGGUCCGCGACAUCAAGUUCCUCCAGAACGAGGACUACUUUGCCGUCGCGCAGAAGAAGUAUGUCUUCAUCUACGACCGGAACGGCGUCGAGCUGCACAAGCUCAAGGACCACAUCGACCCGGUUCACAUGGAGUUCCUGCCCUAUCACUACCUCCUCUCCACUGUCGGACACGCCGGCCACCUCAAGUACCACGACGUCUCGACCGGCCAGAUGCUGACGCAGAUCGCCACGCGGUUGGGUUCGCCGGCCUCCAUGGCGCAGAACCCGCACAGCGCGAUCAUCCAUCUGGGCCACCAGAACGGCACGAUGACGAUGUGGUCGCCGAACCUGACGACGCCGCACGUCAAGCUGCUGGCCCACCGCGGCCCCGUGGCCGGUAUUGCGAUCGACCCCUCCGAGAACAGCGCGGGGCGCUACUGCGCCACGGCCGGUCUGGACGGCACUGUCAAGCUCUGGGACGGUCGCAUGUGGGGCAAGGAGGUGCGGCACUGGACUGUGCGCAAUGCGCCAAGUACGCUGUCGUACUCGGGGCGCGGUAUCCUGGCCGUCGGCGGAAAAAGCGGCGUCACGACGUACCGCGACACGCACCGCGGCAGCGGCGCUCCGAAGCCGUACCUCACUCUUCCCACACCGGGACUCAGUGCGUUUGACGCCCGCUUCUGUCCGUUCGAAGACGUGCUCGCCGUCGGACACGAGAAGGGUAUUUCGUCCCUCCUCGUUCCCGGGUCCGGAGAAGCCAACUUCGACUCGAACGAGGCAGACGUCUUCGAAUCCUACUCCCGCCGGAGGGAGCGCGACGUGCGCUCGGUGCUGGACAAGAUCCGUCCCGAGCUCAUCACGAUGGACACGGAUUUCCUCGGCCACAUCAACCCGUCCAAGGGUGGCGAGACGCAUGCCGAGCGCGAGGGGCGGUCGUACCGCCAUCUGUCGCGUAUCGAGCGUCUCAAGCUCAACGGGGAGGACGUCGACGGCUCUGGCGCCGAGGGCACCGCCCGAGGUGCCGCGGGAGGCGUCAAUGGAGCGAACGAGUCGCGCAUGGGCAUCAACGACGAGGACGAGGAGAGCGGGGACGAUGAGGACGAGAGCACGCCCGAGGGCAAGAAGAAGAAGAAGAUGCGCGGACGCAACAAGGCCAUGAAGCGGUACCUGUCCAAGAAGAAGAAGAAUGUGAUUGACCCGGCCCUGCUUGCUGUGAGGGAGAAGGUUGAGGCGCAGAAACGUGCCGACGAGCAGGCCGCGCGUGUGGCUAGGGGAGAAGUCGUCAAGGAGUCUGGCGCGCUUGCGCGCUUUGGAUAG